CCUCACUCUCUUUCCUCUAGGUCUGUUUGCCGUCUGGGUACCGCGACGACGACGACGGCCGCAGCUGCACACAUUCUAUUCUACUACUCCUAUAAUCUACCUCACAAACCACAUCUAGUUACUUGAUGGCAACCAUGACUACAAUGGCUCCGGACAGCCCCCCUCGCGCGCCUCCGGUCAAAUACCACACCCCUCUUGGAACUCGAUGGCAGAAAGAGAAAGCAGCGGCGGGUAGCGGUGCAUUUGACUUUCCGGACGACGCGAAGUACGUCGGACCUUGGGUCAUUGGCGAGUGCGUCGGCAAGGGCGCGAGCGGGCAUGUCAAGAUCGCCAAGCACCGUCGGACUGGACAGCUCGCCGCCGUGAAGAUCCUUCCACUGCAACCGUUCGUCAAGAACCGUGCGGACGCCGCUGCUCAGGCGAAGCUAGACAAGCAGCGUCUCGGCAUUGACAGGGAGAUCACUAUGAUGAAGCUCAUGAACCACCCGAACAUCAUGCGCAUCUACGACGUCUACGAAGGCGACAAGGAGCUCUAUCUCAUCUUGGAGUAUGUCGAAGGCGGUGAGCUGUUUGACUUCCUUGUCAACCGCGGCAAGCUUCCCCCUCUGGAGGCUUUGGCGUACUUCAAGCAAGUCGUCUAUGGUCUGAACUAUGCGCACACGUUCUCUAUCAUCCACCGCGACCUCAAGCCCGAGAACAUCCUCAUCCACUCAAUCAACCCUCCCCUGAUCAAGAUCGCUGACUGGGGAAUGGCGGCGUUCGCUCCUCCUUCUCUGCAACUCGAGACUAGCUGUGGCAGCCCGCAUUACGCGAGUCCGGAGAUCGUCAACGGGCACAAGUACACUGGGACGGCGACUGAUAUAUGGAGUUGCGGUGUGAUUCUCUAUGCACUUUUGACUGGAAGGCUGCCCUUCGACGACAAGAAUGUCAGGACCCUCCUCAGCAAGGUCAAGGUGGGCAAGUACGAUAUGCCGACCUAUAUCGACCCGAUGGCCAAGGACCUUCUGUCGCGCAUGCUUGUGGUCGAUGUCCAGAAGCGCAUCACUAUGGCUGAGAUACUUACGCAUCCCUGGCUCGAAGGCUCGACCCCUGGCAUUACCUAUGUCCCUGCGCCGCCUGUAUCUGAGCUUGCUAAACCGCUGCCCUCUGCUCUGCACAUCGACCGUGAUCUAUUUGAGUCUCUCUGCGUCAUCUGGGGUCGCCACGCAGACGUAGACGGAAUUCGGGCUGAUCUGCUGAGCCCACCUGGGCAGGGUACUCUGGCUAAAGCAUUCUACUUCCUGCUACAGAAGCAUCGCGAGCGGACGAUGGAAGAACACGGCAUUUUCAUGGAUCUUGACGAGGUCCUGAUUGUGACUGGCAAAGUGGUCACAAAGCAAUAUUCGACGCCGGGCUCGCGACGGUCGACUCACUUGGAGCCUCAGGAUCUCAACCGCCAAGCAAUACCCCAGCACCAGUUCUUGCGGUCCACUCGUGCUGCCCCCGCGCCUCCGUCUAGGACUCCAUCGCCCAAGCCUGGUGCUCUUGUUGUUACGACUGAUGUGCCCAUGGAACGGUCGCCUUCCAGAGCGCAUCCACCUUCUCCUGUUGGCCCCCGCCCGCAGAGAACUCGGCCUGCUUCUGCGUUCUCGCCCUCUGUUGCGAGACCUCAGACGAGCUUCGCCGCUCCCGCUCGCCAGCUCUUCCAGACAGGCAUGAAGGGGCCGCUCUCGCCUCAGCCUUCGACGCAAGCUCAUGCCCAAAGUCUCUUCCUUCCAUACCAGCCCCGCGGGCCCGCGGCCCCGAUGCGACGUGGCUCUGCACCUAUUCCUAUCCCGAGGGCUUCCGCCAUGUCUCCUAACAUCAAUGACCCUGCUCGUGGUUACCGGGCGUCCAUGGGCGCGCCAACUCACGGUAUCAUUCACUCGCCCGUUCCUGUUCGUGCCGCUGCUACAUCCAUCCUGCCAAUGAUCGCCGCUCCGAGGGUCCCGGAUGCGGGUCUGCAGAGGAACCUUGAUCAAUAUGCCGAUAUGAUCAACACGCAAGCCGUCUCCUGGAACGCAGCACGCCCGUCGGCGCCGCCACCGACCAACGUCAACAUGCCGGAGCCCAUGGAUGUGACUGACGCGCCGAUUGAGACUGAACAGCCUCUUGGUGACAAACAGUCGCGCAGCGAGAGCAACGAGGCGCAGUGCGCUAUGGUCAUCGAUGACAAGGAGAACUGGGACGCUGGUGCGCCUCAUGCACGGUCGCAUUCCCAUGCGAACACUGGUGGUCUUGGCUUCGGGCAGUCGGUGCCUAUGGCAAAGGAAAUGGGGAAUGUGGUGUUCUUCGGCGAGCCUCAGGCUGCGAAGGCGCCGAAGAAGGACAGAAGGAGCCGACCUCCUGCUCUGGAUCUUCACGGCACACCGGUUCUGCAUAAGAGGUCGACAUUCUCCAUGGUUGGGUCUCCUGGUCUCAUGUCGCCGCAGUCCUCCAUGAUCGGCUCUCCGGCGGGCGAGUUCAAGGGCUGGUUCUCCAAUCUGUUCCACUGGAAGGUGCAGUCCUUCACGCUCUACUCCGCCGCGGACCUCUUCACCACUCGCGCCGAGAUCGCGCGUCUGCUCGACCAGAGUGGCGUACUCUCAAUGAUCGAGGACCACCACAGCUGGUACACGCUGAAGUGCAGCACGGCUGACAUCCAGGAAGGGCCUAGCGGCGCCUACAAGCAGGUCCGCUUCCGCGUCGACUUCGCCUCUGCCUCUGCCGGCCAACAAUACGCUUCGCCCUCCACUGCCACCCCGCGUCUUUCUCAGACUGCUCUCCCUGCGCCGUCGAGCUCGUUCGGGGGCUCGAGGCUGCGGAUGGACAAGUUCUUCGGGUACGAGACGGGCGUGGCUUUGGUGCUGGAGAAGGGCUCUGUCUCCACGUUCAAGGCGAUCUGCCAGCGUGUCCGGGCGGAAUGGAGGCUUGACGCGAUGCAGUCUCCUAGGGGCGUGGGCCCGACGAUAGGCUACACCCCCAGCAUCGAGCAGCGGUUUUCUGCGUGAGACGGACGCGCGGUGCUUGCAAAGUACUAGAGUAACAGUUCGUGGAUAUGGAGUUACGUAGAACAUUAGCCUACAUCCUACCAACGCCGCUCGCUUCAUACGGUACUCUCACAGCCUAUCAUCUUACCGCGCACGUAGCACACGACUGUGAUAUGUGCGUGGUAUACACACUACGCGAUGUAAUAUAUAUAUUUCUCGAGGACAGUAAACACU